AUGCUGACGACUCUCCCCGACUUUACCCCGCGAGAUUCACAUUCGCUGUGGUACACGUCGUCCAGAGGAGGGACCGCGCAACCGCAGGGACUGCACGAUACGCACCAUGGAGACUCACCAACCCAUAACCAUGGUUCUGGCCAAUCAAGGUCAAGAGGCCACAUUAUAGAACGAACAGCACUCGCGCGUCUCGCCGCCGACGAGCAAUUUAUGCAUCGACGCCGAAUGCAGGUACAAAACUUUGGAAGCGGUUGGCUACGGCCACCUGGUGUAGCCAAGACCCUACACCAGAUGCGCGAGGAAAAGCGUGAACAAGAAGAGCACCAGGAAGCCAUGCGUCGAGAACAGUUAGCUCAGGAACUUGCCGAAGCGGAAGGAGGCGGCAUGCCGGAAGAAGGCAUGAUGGAUGAUGUACAACUAGACGGCGCACAUGAUCUCGACGAUGAGAUUCCCGAUGCCGAUGACCACUUUGGCAUGGGAGACAACGAUGAAGACGAUGACGGAGAUGAAGAGGGACUCGAAGCAGAAGACCCAGAAGAACUAGACGAUGAAGCUCUGCGCGAAGAACGCCAAAACGACCUAAUGGCAGCACGUAUGCGUAUGACCGACGACGCAUUUCGUGAAGCUCUUGUCCGCGGGGACCCCGACGGCGAUGACAUGUACGGCGGAGUAGAAGAGCUCGAGGAAGAGCACCAGGGUCACAUGCUCGACGAAGAUGACUUUGCGCAUGAUGGCAUGGAGGCAAAUCUGGACGAUGACAUCCCCGAAGCUGAGAGCGGUCUGUACGAACACACGGAUUCCGAGGCUGAAUUAAGCAGCAGCGACGACGAAGAGCGUGAUGAAGAGCAAGAGGAUGAGGAUAUUGGAUUCGUGCCCAGAACGGCACAGAUGGCACCGCCUCAGAGCCCGACAUUACGGGGGAGAAGGGUCUCGGGGAGGGAGAGUUUGGACUUGAGCAAUAUCCUGAGUCAGGAUGAGAGUAGUUUUAUGGACAGUAGCCCUGUCCAGAGAAGACGACAUGGAUGA